AUGUCACGCCUCGAAUCUUUAUCGCCGCUGUCACCUUCGAGCACAUGCUGGAUACCGUCUAGCGCCGAUCACUACACGACGUUUGAGGGCUUUUGCUCCCAGCCGCGGUACAGCAUCCCUCAGAGCCAGUCAGCGGAUCCAUUUACAGCAUCCUUUGACAUAUUCACGCCUCCACAAAACCGAAUGAGCGCAAAAAUACGCCCAGGGACGUUUGUUGUUUUUGCGUUGUCAACAGCAGAGCUCGCGCAAGAAUAUCCAGAGGACUCUGAGGACUAUCGCAAAAUCUGCCAGUACACUCCUGGACGUUAUCUCGGGCUUGUAACUUCAGCGUUCGUGCGAUGGAAUGAAGACGAUGGCAGCACAGUCGAAGACGUGAUCGUCCACUUUGUAUCAAAAUAUACGCCACAGCCCUCAGUAGUUGCGAACAACUUCAUCCCCAUCUUUCCUGUCAGCAGCACCGUACCGGCAGACAGCUCUGCGCUCCACACGAGCAUCUUGUUCCCGUGGAUUGACCACAAACAGUGGACGACAUUUGGGGUUCGCCUUCGCGUCUGCCAGAUAAACCCAUCGGCGCUGGUAUUCGAACUUUGUAACGAAGAUUUUGAGCGCUUCGAGGAUAAGGCGGGAAACGAUUAUAGCCGAUUGGAAUCUCUCGAUGCGACAUUGGACGGUGAAGCCAAAGACACGCUAGCAAGACUUUUGGUGGCACCAUUCGCUUUGCCAGCUGAGAUCUGGUUUGACAUUAGGAAUCAUCCGGACAUAAAGGAGCCUUCGUGUUUCAUUGAGGAUGUCGACUCUCUUGAAAGGUGA